AUGGCCCAUUUUUUUAAUCCGACCCCUCAAUAUAAUCCGUUUAACCAGCCUGACCAAUCCGCUGCUAUCGAAAACCUGGUUGCACAGACCAAGGCUCUUAUCCAACAAAUACAAAUCACCUGUGCCCCAUAUGCCUAUAGUAACAACGCCUUCCAACCCCCUAACGAUAUAAUAGAGAACCCAACGACUUUCAAGAAGAGAGAAUUGCAACCCACCUCCAUGAAACCCGUAGGAAAAAUUUUUCCUAAGAAAACCUUGUGUCCCCGUUGCCGAAGAAGAAACCACCCCAUCCUUAAGUGCCCGGAUGUAAAGCACUUGGAUGAAAAGCAGAUCCCCGAGGCUCUGAAAUUUACAUUAGGAUUAUUGGAAAAUAUAAUAACCGUGGAGAAGUUCGGAAUAAAAGAAAGAACCCAACCACCUUCGUCUAUCGAGACGCCUUGUAAAAAAGUUCACCCCGACAAGUCAAGCCCACCAGCCGCCACCAAAGCUCUUGAAUCAUAUGACGUUCCCGAAGUCGACCCGGAAGUAGCUUUGGAGGACAUAACUGACAGCUACCUCGAAGAUUUGGAUACAUGGCUGCCCGAACCCAAAAAUGACCACCCACCAAGGAUGAAUGAUAAAGAAAAGGAUAACGAUGGAAAAACGAUUUUUGAUGAGAAUAAUGAAGGAGUAAUAUGUCAAAUAGAAAAAUUUGUUAGUGAUAAGGAAAUACUAAAAACUGAGGAUAAUAAAGAAAAGGAAAAAGAAUUGAUUAGAGAAAGUGAAACGUACCCUCUCCGUGGAAAUUUCGACGAACCAAUUGUUGAUCUAGAUAAGGCCCCUGAAAUCGAACCAGAGGAUGCAAAUGCAUUAGCCAAUGGAGAAAGUAAAUUAAAGAAUGAAAAUCACGGGUUAGCCUACUCCAGUAAGAAAGAGGGAGAA